AUGUCCCACCAGGCAUACCCCUCUCACGAUCCCGUCAAGGAGCCGCAUUCGGUCUCCGUUAAAGUCCUCAGGCUCUCUCAACCGUCUCUCGUAACGCAGUACCCGGUAGAUCCUCCAUUCUCUCCUCCCAACACCAAAUCGCAGCCAGCACCCGCCUCACUCGCUUAUAAAUCCGCCUCGAAUACGAAUCCCGACCCGUUCCUGCUGAGCCCGAUCCUUAACCUGCCGGUGUCGUUCGGCUCGGCUUACGUGGGCGAGACUUUCAGCUGCACCCUCUGCGCGAACAACGAUCUGCCCCCCGAUGCGGCAAAGCGCAUACGAGAUGUUCGCAUCGAGGCUGAGAUGAAGACGCCUGGCGUGGGAGGAACGCAGAAGCUCGAACUUGGGCCUGCGAACAUCCACGGCGCGACGCCUGCGGGAGGGGUGGAUCUCGAGCCGGGUGGGACGCUGCAGAGGAUUGUAGGCUUUGACUUGAAAGAGGAAGGGAACCACGUCUUGGCUGUGACGGUGAGCUACUCGGAGGCUACGGAGACGAGUGGGCGGACGCGCACAUUCAGGAAGCUAUAUCAGUUUAUUUGCAAGGCGUCGCUUAUUGUUAGGACCAAGGUAAGCGCCCUGGAGCCCAGUGCAAACAGCAGCAACUACAGAAAAUGGGUGCUCGAGGCGCAAUUAGAGAACUGCAGCGAGGACAUCAUACAGCUGGAAAAGGUGGUGCUGGAUGUGGAGGAGGGCCUGGGCUAUCAGGAUUGCAACUGGCUCUCAGACGGAGACAAAAAGCCGGUGGUGCACCCGGGCGAGAUUGAGCAGGUUUGCUUCCUGGUGCAGGAAGAGGGUACCGAUGCCGGUGGUGGCCUACGACUCACAACGGACGGAAGGUUGAUCUUUGGCGUCCUGGGUAUUGGGUGGAGGGGAGAGAUGGGCUGCCGAGGAUACCUAUCGACGGGCAAGCUUGGCGCUCGGGUUGCAGCACGGUGA